AAGAGGAGGCCAACAUCUUUGUAUCGUGGAUUUGUUAUUCUGGAUGACUUAAACCACCAGAACUCACAAAUAUUUCCUCCCUUGGCUUGCUAAGACCCGAGUUCAGGGUCUGUGUGUGCCCACAGCAGCCAGAGAGGUCGCAGCCAGCUGGAAAGAGGCUCCGGUACUGCACAGGGCUGCAGUAUCACCAGCUAUCGCACGGGAGGCUCUGAAGCCUGGACUUGGGUCUUAGGUAUGGCUUUGUUGAAUUUGAUGAUCUGCGAGACGCAGAUGAUGCUGUUUAUGAGCUAAAUGGUAAAGAUCUUUGUGGGGAGAGAGUGAUCGUUGAGCAUGCCAGAGGCCCACGGCGUGACAGCAGUUACGGUUCUGGACGCAAGUCCUUUGAGGCUAAGAUGACUGCCUGUUCCAUUUGCUGACCUUGGGUUACCUUUCCAUGAGUGGCUCUUUGAACUUGUGGCCCUUGGCUGACCAAAAAAGGAAGCCAUGUGACGACCGCAACCUUUUCCCAUUAGACCUGGGUGGUGAGGAUCCCAAGGGUUAGAGACAGAUGAGAUUAAUCUGAAAUAGGUGCCUGAAAAUCUUUAUUCAUGUCAAAUAUUCAGAAAACCUGUAAGCAAUGUGGAUAUGGUUAUAGAAGAAGCGGAAGAGAUAAGUACGGUCCUCCUACCCGUACAGAAUACAGAUUGAUUGUGGAAAAUUUGUCAAGCCGCUGCAGUUGGCAAGAUCUUAAGGAUUAUAUGCGUCAGGCAGGGGAAGUGACAUAUGCAGAUGCACACAAAGGAAGGAAAAAUGAAGGUGUGAUUGAGUUCAAAUCCUAUUCUGACAUGAAAAGAGCCCUUGAAAAGCUGGACGGGACAGAAGUAAAUGGCAGAAAGAUUAGAUUAGUGGAAGACAGACCUGGAUCAAGACGGCGCCGCUCUUAUUCCAGAAGCCGAAGCCAUUCAAGGUCUCGCUCUCGAAGCAGACAUUCUCAUAAGAGCAGGAGCCGCAGUGCCAGUAGUAGUCGCUCCAAGAGUAGAUCCAGAUCCAGGUCUGUGUCCCGUUCCAGAAGCAAGAGCCGUAGUCGAAGCAAGAGCCGUAGCAGAGGCCAAAAAGAGAAAAGCAGGACUCCAAGUAAAGAGGAUAAAAGUAGGAGCCGCAGCAGGAGUGCAGAGAAAUCACGGAACAAAAGUAAAGACAAAUCUGAGGGCACUGUCCAUAACAGUGAUGAGAAAGCAAAGAGCAGGAGCCGCAGCAAGGAGAAGAGUAAGAGUAGGAGCAGGAGUGGAAGCAAGGACAGGGGAGAGACGAGGGGGAGCUUGAGGAGUAGGAGCAAGGAGAAGAGCAGAAGCAAAGACAGGGAGAAGAGCAUUAGCAAGGCAAGAAGCAGGAGCAAGAGUAGAGAUGAGAGUAGGAGCAGGAGCCACAGUAAGGACAAAAGGAAAAGUAGGAAGAGAAGCAGGGAUGAUAGCAGAAGUAGGAGCAGGAGCCGCAGCCACAGCAAGAGUGAGAAAAGCAAGAGGCGCAGCAAGCGAGACAGCAAACCAAGUAGCAAGAAGAAAAGGAAGGACAGCCAUGAGCGGUCCAGGUCAGUCUCCAAAGAAAAAGAGCAUCUAAAAUCAGAGCCUGACAAAAAGGAGGCAAAAGGUGAGGCUGAGGAUGCAGCUGCCCAUCAGGUGUCUCGCUCCAGGUCUAGGUCAAUUUCCAAGUCCAAACCAAAUGUCAAAUCAGAUUCUCGUUCCAGGUCAAAAUCUGUUUCAAAACCUAGGUCCCGGUCCAAGUCUAGGUCUAGGUCUGCCUCUAGGUCACACUCCCGUUCACGGUCAAGGUCUCGCUCCAGAUCCUAACCUAGCUUCACCCAUGCUUGGAACGAUCUGAGAAGUCUUUUGUACAUGUUUGGUAGUUGUAGCACAAGUGAUUGAAGUAGAAAACAUGUCAAUGCUGUAUAUUUUUAACUACCCUGACGGUGUGUCUCUCACUGUUAACUGCACUGUUCCCUCCCUGUAAUGCUCUCUGGUGCAAGGCUGUUCAGCUCAUGUACUCUCCUGUAGAAAGGUUCUCUUUAAAUAUAAUUCUUCCUAGAGCACCGAAAUUGCCCUGUUUUCCAGGAAGAGCCUUACAGAGAAUGAGCAGUGCACCUUGGUGGGUUUAUGAGAUUGCGGUGAUGACUGAUAGGUAGGUAUGAUGGCUUCAACAAUCUUUGCCCGUCAAUUGAUGCCCUUUGAUGUAUGCCAUUUAGUGGAAGUGCUAGUCUUAAGUUUCAUACUACUUUUGUUUCAUAUUUUUGGACUUAAAGUUGUGAAUAGCACAGUCAAAAGGGGGAAGAAAAGGUACUUGCAGUAAUCUGUAGGGAAAAGUAGAGUUCCAUAUUCUGGUAUUGUGACAAUAUCCUUGUUUUAUAUUAAAUUUUUUUAUUUUAUUUUUCCCCGUCUUGCAAAGUACAGUGAUCCCUGUUUCCAUGAAAUUUGAAUAAAGACUAUUUUUGCUUGAUGACA